AUGGGUGCGGCAGACCGUGCCAGUUGGUUAGGGCAGAUACAGAAAUACAGGGCUAGACGCCUUGAAUUGGAUGUAGCAGAGACCGAUCUACGCCGCAGAAGACCUCAUGUGGACCUGCAAGAUGACGAUAAUCUCGAAGAAAACCGUGAGCCUCCCCCUGAGGUCAAAUCACUCAUCGACAUAUUUCCGGGUGUCUCCGCCGCCCUUCUUAUACGCGUCUUCGAGAGGAAGUUGAAGGCGACUGAACUUAUACGCUUCAAAGAGAAGUCAGUCACCGAGCUAGAUCAGGAGGAUAGAGUCUUCAAAAUGACCGAAUCGGGAGGCACAGUGGGCUUCAAGAAGGCAGCAGCGUCGCUUAAGGACUGGGGCCCUAACUCUCGGAUAUGGACGACUUGCUUUCUUGCCUAUCUGGCCGUUGUAGGGUACCUCUUCGGCGAGAAACAUCCUAAGGCAAUUCCCAACCUCCUCAUGUUUAUGAGGCAGAUCCUGGACUUCGCUCAGACUUAUCAGUGGUCGGAAGCAGUUCUCCCACUUGCCCUUAAUUUCCACCAAUACAUACUGGAUAAAGGAGAGCUAUCGACGGACAACUACCUGGUCACGGGCCCAUUUCGCGAGAAAUACCUCCGCCACAAUCUCACCCUACCUGCGAAGUCACCAACAAAUCCUCCAGCCCGGCCUCGUCAAGCCAGGAAUACCAGGUCUUCGAAUAAUGAGACAGAGGUUUGCGAUAAGUUCAAUACGAUAGGUGACACCGGCAACGUUGUUCUUAACCCCUUGUCCCUAAGCCUCACACCGCAGGGGCAACCACCUAGACCAAACACUGCUAUUCAAUACCCCGUGUUCAACCCAGAGCUCCCAAGAUUACAAUCCUCUUCGUCACCACUCAAUGCGAAAGGCUGGAGCAAUCUUCUGCGCUACUAUCCAGGCGAUCUGGGCUCCACUAUCGCUGGGAUUCUGACCUACGGUGCCCAGGUUGGCUAUAGGGGCAAGAAGCAGUUUCGCUAUUCCUCUAACCAUCACAUACACGAACCCGGCAUAAUCACGGCCCAACUAGCAGAAGACCUCAACCUCGGCCGUGUUAGACUAGCCUCUAGGCCCUCCUUUGUUUCACCGCUUGGGUUGGUUCCUAAGCACGAUGGGGGAUGGCGCCGCAUCCAUGACCUAUCUUGGCCGCCUGGACAGGGCCUUAACCAGGGCAUACCGGACUCCUGGUCAGCGAUCGAAUACAUGACAAUCGAUCAUAUCUACGAGCAGUCCCCGUUGCCGAGGAUAACCAACACCUUCCAGUGGAAUGACUCGACUUACGUCGAAUGCUGUCUCCCCUUUGGCCUCGCAACGGCCCCAUUUCUGUUCAAUCUCUUCGCCGAGGCAUUCCAUUGGAUACUCCAAUGCCACCUACCUGCAUUCCAUAUCAAUCAUUACCUAGACGACUUCAUCGUCAUUGCCCGGUCUCCCUCGGUGUCCGAGCCCACGGGUCCCUUCGACGAGGUUUACAACAGGGUCACCGACUACCUACGUAUCCCCCGCAAUACCAAAAAGGACCAGCAAGGGACCUGCGUUACAGUCCUAGGUAUCCAGAUCGACUCUAUUGCAAUGGAAGCUCGUCUGCCACCAGAAAAGUUGUGCCGCGCCACAUUGGACGCCGCAGCUUGUCUGACGGCAGUGAGUCUCUCACUCAAGCAAACAGAGCGCCUCGCAGGCUUAUUAGCCUUCUGUUCAAGAGUUGUCCGGCUAGGGAGAACAAGGCUACAGUCUCUAUACUCCUUCCAAGCCGUUUUCCCACAUGGGAGUAGCGCGCGCCGCCGUAUCCCCUACGAGGUACGUGACGAUUUGGAAUGGUGGAGGGACUCCUUGUCUCUCUUCAACGGCGUACUCCUCAUUGACCCUUGCCGCCGCACUAUCACGCAUCUCUACACAGAUGCUUCUAGUAUAGGCCAGGGGCUCUUCUUCUUCUCAUCCAAGUCUACAUUAGACUGCUGGCUGGCCCAUUGUCACCAGCUUCAUCAAAGCAAUGCUGCCACAUUGGCCCUUGCUCAAGACGCACAUGCGCACAUCAAUACUCAAGAAGUAGACGCUAUCCUCCAAGGCUUCCUACUCUUCAGCCACCAUUGGCUCCAUCAUACUCUCGUUAUCCACACGGAUAGCUCCACAGCGCACAUGGGACUCAAGAAAGGCUUCCUUCAUGGUCCGCCUAACGCACCUCUAAAGAGCCUACUUAUCCUAGCGGCGGCGAGAGACAUCCACAUCGUGCCACUAUGGCUCCCCUCCCGGGAAAAUACAUUAGCAGAUGCGCUCUCACGACCUCUCGGUAUUGAACCGCCCGCGUGGUUCUCUUCACGAGCUCCUCAGCUCAAUGCAGGCCACCUGAAACUGCUCUGGAACGGACUCAGCGCUAACACACGUUCCGUUUACCUCUCCGUUCAGCGUAAUUACGAAAAGCACUGCGCGCUACAGAAUCUAUCCGCGUGGCCAGUUUCAAGGCAUUCAUUGACCUCAUGGCUAAGCGCACGACUUCUUGGUAACGCUAGUCAAAAGGCCGUCAAGCCUGAUACCGCACUCGCCGACCUAGCCGCUCUCCGAGCCUACCAUAUCGACAACUUCCUUGACGAUAAACUCUUUGAUAAUAAGCAUUUCCGACGUCUUAUAGACGGCGCGAGAAGACUCAAUCCCAUGACAAAAGUACGGCUCAGAAAACCGAUUUCGCGUGACACUAUCACGAAACUAUCCGCAGGCCUCGCCACACUCCCGUUACGUCCCUUAGAGAUGACUGCGAACCUCCUAGACGACCUGAACUUCGCAACCGCGUGUCGGGUAGCAUUUGCUGGGUUUCUCCGCCUCGGAGAAUUUACCUAUAAGACUGAAGACCUCCGCACACGUUCUAUCUUCUCCACCACAAAGUUAACGCGCUCAGACGUCAGACUCUCGCCCUCGUUAGACCACGCGCAACUCACACUCAAGCGCAACGGGAGACGGCGCAUGCCCAGUUGA